AUGUCGCGCAAUCUAUGUAUUACCGCAGUGGACGGCCACACAGGCUUCACCAUUGCCGAACUCCUCCUCACCAACGAUGACUUUAAACAAAAACUUGGCUCCAUCACAGGCCUCACCCUCCAUCCUAACUCCGAAUUAGUCAAAGAAUUGUCUUCACUCGGCGCCAACAUCAUCCCUCACAAGCCCGGACGAGUUCAUGACAUGGCUCAGACGUUGCGCGAUUCCGGCGCAGACACAUUGUGUUUGAUCCCGCCCGCCCACAAGAACAAAGUCGACUUGACCACGGAGCUGAUCGAUGCUGCCAAGGAGGCGAAUGUGCCCAAUGUGUGCUUUCUCAGCUCUGCGGGAUGUGAUCUUGCGGAACGGGAUCGUCAGCCCAGACUACGCGAGUUUAUCGAUCUAGAGACUCGUGUUCUAUCCUGCAAGGGAGAUGCGGCGACGGUGACGGGGCAUUCUCCAGUUGUGAUUCGUGCGGGAUUCUAUGCCGAAAACCUCCUCGUGUAUUCGCAGCAGGCGCAGACCGAGGGGAUUCUCCCGUUGCCUAUUGGGAAACAGCACAAAUUUGCACCGAUUGCACUCGGAGAUGUUUCUCAAGUCGCGGCACACGUCCUUACUGGACAGGGCAAGCAUGGCUUUAGUGACAAGCAUCGUGGCCAAUUGAUUGACUUGACGGGGCCGAUGCUUGCCACGGGCGAUGAACUCGCAACCGCUGCGAGUAAAGCACUGGGACAAAAGAUGAAAUAUGAAGACAUAUCUGAAGCCGAGGCAAAGAGAGUUUUACAUUCUCAGUCGGAAAGCGAUGAGUCCGAAUUGCAAUAUCUCAUUGAGUACUACUCGUUGGUUCGAGAGGGCAAGACGAAUUAUAUCUCAACCACAGCCUUCCAUGACAUUACCGGUGCUCAUCCCCAGGAACCGGAUGAGUUUUUCAAUGUCUACGCUGCAGAGUUCAAAUUGAGAAAUGGAAACAAGCGGCGCAAGGCAAACGGUAAGUAG